UCGGCCUGGAGAAGCCAUGGCCUUCAGAGGUUCUGAUCGCCAUCUGCCUGCAUCCCUGCUGAGCCCAAGGCUAAAGGCAGAAGAGAUGACACUGGACCUGGAGUUUGAGGUCUUGAGUGUGGGAUUUAAUGAGGAGGGCAGAUAUGCCCUGAGGCUGUCAGCUGAGAAUCCACUGCAGGCAGGCUCCGGGGCUGGAGUGCAGUUGCGAGUCAAUGAUGGGGACCCCGUCCCAGCCUGCUCUGCUGUCACUGAGGUCAUUGAGCAGCAGGAUCCUGAGCAGAGCCUUACCUUCACCAGGAACAAAUUUGUCUUUACUUUGCCCAAAGGAUUCUGCAAGAAUGAUGGGCAGAAUGACACACAUCUGCGUGUAGAGGCACUGAGGCUGGAUGGACCCUCAGGACAGGUGGCCCGGAGGGUGGGUGAGGCUAUCUUCCCAAUCUACCCACGACCAGAUGAGCCCCGAAUGAACCUCACAGCCCAGGAGCACGAGGACCUGUACCGCUACUGUGGCAACCUGCCUCUUCUCCGAGCCAGUGAGGACCCCACAGCCCGCCACUGUGGAGGCCUGACCUACAGUGUCGCCUUCCACGCGCACCGAGCCCCUAGGUCCUCUGUCUCAAGCCACCUUGUGGAGCCCAGCCAGCCAGAACUACAGGUUCCUGGAGAACCAGUGGAACCCCUGGAUACCUCUCCGGACCUAGAUCCUGACACCAGCUACUUGGCUCCCUGUAAUAAGGAGACUGUUGUGGUCACUCUGCAUGGAGCUACUGACCUUCCUGCCAGCAAGGACGGCUCUGAUCCAAGGCCCUAUGUGAUGGUAAAAACCACAUCAGAGGAAGCCACCGCUCACAGUCCCAAAGCAGUGACCUCUGUGGCCUCAGAACCCACCAGAACACCCAUCUGGGGGGACACAGUGAAAGUGGAGAUCCAGGCAGAGGAUGCAGGAAAAGAAGAUGUCAUCCUCAAGGUGAUGGACAACAACAAGAAAGAGGAGUUGGUGUCCUAUACAAUCCCCAUUAAAUACCUACGUGUCUUCCACCCGUACCACUUUGAGUUUAAGAAGUCUGAGAAUGCUGAUGAAGACACUGCCAAGACCCGCCUCUAUGCCACUGUGGUUCGGAAGGGCAACUUGCUACCCCGCUACAUUGGCUGUGACCAUACCGCUCUGGAGGUCUUGGUUCAGGGAGUCAAUGAGCCCCUGGUCAACAACCCCAGCCCUAUGGUGGUGAUUGCUCGGGUGGUUCCCAGCUAUACUGAGUUUAAGGCCAACCAGACCAGACGGGACCCUGCCUCUGUGGGGCUGCCCCUCACCCAGAUCUCCUUCCCUAUUUCAUCACCAAUGAACUUUGAUGUGCCUCGGGUCAGCCAGAAUGGGUAUCCUCAGCUGUCCAGGCCCGGGGGACCCCCAGAGCAGCCCAUAUGGAACCAGUCCUUCCUCUUCCAAGGCCGAGAUGGAGCCACCAAUUUCUCAGAGGACACAGCAUUGGUGCUGGAGUAUUACCCUUCUGCUUCAAUGAAAAGCAGUGAACCAUGGACCCUCAAACAGCCCUUGGGUGUCUCCGUGCUACCACUAAAGCCUCGUCUGUACCACAAGAUGUUGACAGGAAAAGUCUUGAAAGGGCUGUGUGUGGAACAGCUCCCCAUCACUGGCACCCACCUGAAAACCAUCAACGGAGAGGCCCCCACGGUGAAUCUCUCCUUCCAGCUUCUUUCCUCUGAGAGGCCAGAAAACUUCUUGACACUAACCAACAGCAAGGGUCUGCCCACCCUGAACCUGAAGGUCCUAGAUGAGAAUCUGGGUGCCAUCCAUGAGUCCUGGUCCAAGAGCUCCUCAGACUCCUCUCAGGAAGGAGAGGAGCCUCAGACUUUGCACGAGAUGGAGAUGAACAACUACCGGAGGGCCAUGCAGAAGAUGGCAGAGGACAUCCUGGCACUGAGGAAGCAAACCAACAUCCUGGAGGAGGAGAACCGCACGCUGAGGAGUCACCUGACCCAGCAGAACUUAGAAGAAGAACAGAGCAGGGCUGAAGAGGAGAACCUGGCGGUGUCCAUGAAGCAGAGGCUACUGCUGAGUGAACUGGACAUAAAGAGGCUGCGAGACAGGGUGCAAUACCUACAGAAUGAGCUGAUUCGGAAGAAUGAUCGAGAGAAGGAGUUGCUGCUUCUGUACCAGGCCCAGCAGCCGCAGGCCGCACAACUGAAGCGGUACCAGGACAAGCUGCAGAAGAUGAAGGCCCUGGAGGACACCGUGCGGCACCAGGAGAAGGUGAUUGAGAAAAUGGAGCAGGUACUGGAAGAAAGGCUCCGUGAGAGGAAGGAGCCAGCACUGUCGAGCAGGCCGCAGGGAAAGCCCAACGUGGCUCUCCCCGUGUUCGCCACCUCUGGCAUUCACCUGGGCCCCACGGGAGAGAACAUGGCUGUCGAUCUUUACUCCAUACUGCUGGCCGAAAACACAAGGCUGCGGGCAGAGUUGGAAAAGAACCGUCAGCAGUCAGCCCCCAUCAUCCUGCAGCAGCAGGCCCUGCCGGUGGAUCCCAGGGAGUUGGGAGCAGGUGGAGACUUGGCAGAGAGGCUACAAGACACAAAUGGCCUGGGCCACUCCACGUGCACAGAGACCCUGCCAGCACAGGAGCUCCUUGGUGGUACUUCAGACAAAUUUAACCUCCUGGCCAAGCUAGAACAAGCUCAGAGUCGGAUCUUGUCCCUGGAAAACCAGCUUGAGGACUCAGCUCGCCACUGGGCACGAGAGAAGCAAAACUUGGCCAUACGGCUUCAGGAGCAACAACAUGGUUUUGGACACCCAUCAAACUCCAUCAUCAUAGACCAGUCUAGUGCUGGAGUGGCCAAGGAUCUCCAACAGUCCUCCAAACUGGAACCUUCACUGCCCAACUCAGACAUGAAGUUCAACAGACCCUCAAACUCCAAGAUUGAGACUUUUCACUCCCAGAAGACCUGAGCCUGGAGCUGGCCUCCUUCCCCAUGUGCUGAGGAGUCAUCCCCACCCCAAAGAUGUCUUUAGUAAAUGCUAGAACUCAAUUAAGUGUUUGUCUCUUUCCUGGAGCGCGGCAGCUGGCAGUGGAUCA